AAUCCGAAAUUAUAACACGAAUUAUUUAUUUAUUUAUUAAACAUUUAGAAAAAAAACUAAGGCUUACAGUAUACCUACUCUUUGUUACCUAGAUUUAGUAAAUUACUGCAAUCCAUUUUGAAAAAAAUAAAAACCUAGUACCUACCUAGGUACCAUCUACAAAAUUUAUCGUACCUAGGCAUUAUUCGAUAUCUAUAACGGUUAGGUCUUUCUACGCCCUAUUAUAUCCUUCAGAUUGCUAUCCGUAUUUUGACAUAUUGCCGGACCCAUCUCGAAGGUGCAAGAUUGCAGUACCUAGGUAAUUUAUUACAUUUGAAUAUUACAAAAUUGUGUUGUAAUAGCCGCAAAUAUGUCCGAUUCACAACUUUAUUGGAGCUGUAGAAAAGCCAUGGAUGAUGAACCAAUAACAUUGGCUAAGUUCCCAAUGAGGGUCAUAGUCCCUCCUAUUCAUCCGUCGGAAGGGCCUGCUGAGAGCUACCCAGUGUCUCCAGUACCAGACGAUGUCCAAGAAAUUGUCGCUAUACUAGAGCGAUCCGCAUCACUCCCGGAUUUUAUUCCAGAAUUACAGAAAGAGCAUAGUAUAUUGUCUUUUCAACACUCAUUUUAUGUGAUCUCAGGCGACAAUAAUGUCACUUCAGGCAACGAUAUGGAGGUAACUGAGCCUGAUCUGAACGCUCCAUCCACUUCAAACGCAUUUGGUUCUAUGGCGUCAUCAACUUCAACACCACCAGAUGGUAUAGGCACACAGUCUGCGAGGCUGCAGUCUCCAUUCAAUGCUUGUUUUAUCCCUGGUGAUAUGGGACCAGUGCCGUUCAGGACCAAAGAGGCUUUGGAGAAAAUGAUUGUUAUUAAUAAUAAGAUAGAUGCGGCCAAAGAAAACGAGAACAUAAAAAUAAUAGAAAAAGAAGUAUACAGACUGCACAACGAAGCUACACACGCUUAUUACAACCAUUUAUAUGAAACAUCCAUUGCCAAACUGAAGAUCGCUGAAGCCUUUCUGAACUUGGCUAUCACAUGCGACUAUGAUCAAUUUGAUCGUAUCAGAAAACUGAUGCUCCGUACUUAUAUAUCUUUGGCUGAUUCUUAUAAGGAGAACAAACAGAUCAGCCAAUGUAUUGUGAUCAAUCAAAGAAUUAAUACAGAAUUCAGCGUCGAUGAUGUGAUCCGCUAUAAGUUUAUAGAAUUACAGCUAAUGACUGAAAAUUCUGUGUCUGAUGUUCCUGGGACUGCUGAGCGACGCGUGUAAGUCUUUGGUGUUUGUCUGCCGACUGACAAAACUUUUGAAGGCAGACUUUUUUUUUUUCAAUGAUAUAA